GGCGGCCAAUAGUGGGGGUGGCUGCGUGGGUCGCCAUGGGGACGGGGCUGUUCCCGGGGAGGCUGUGAUGGGUUGACAGGUGCGUGACAGUGGGAGCUGCUCUCGGCACAAGCAUGUACGGCAAAGGCAAGAGUAACAGCAGCGCCGUCCCGUCCGACAGCCAGGCCCGGGAGAAGUUAGCACUCUACGUAUAUGAAUAUCUGCUCCAUGUAGGAGCUCAGAAAUCGGCCCAAACAUUUUUAUCAGAGAUAAGAUGGGAAAAAAACAUCACAUUGGGGGAACCACCAGGAUUCUUACAUUCUUGGUGGUGUGUAUUUUGGGAUCUCUACUGUGCAGCUCCAGAAAGACGGGAAACAUGUGAGCAUUCAAGUGAAGCAAAAGCCUUCCAUGAUUAUGUCAGAUCUACUCUGGAUUUCUACCACCUGCUGAGACCACCUCUGGCUGCUGAGAUCUCUGCUGGCUGCUGUGGUCCACACCAGUUGCUGAGUGGAAGAAAUUGCAUGUUGAAGGGAUCUUUUUUGGCAUUGUCCUAUGCUGACAUGGGCUGGGGUAAGACACAGAGUGCUGCAGCAGCUCCCAGCCCAGUGCUAGGAAACAUUCCCCCAGGAGAUGGCAUGCCAGUAGGUCCUGUACCACCAGGGUUCUUUCAGCCUUUUAUGUCACCUCGGUACCCUGGAGGUCCAAGGCCCCCAUUGAGGAUACCUAACCAGGCACUUGGUGGUGUCCCAGGAAGUCAGCCAUUACUUCCAAGUGGAAUGGACCCAACUCGACAACAAGGACAUCCAAAUAUGGGUGGGCCAAUGCAGAGAAUGACUCCUCCAAGAGGAAUGGUGCCCUUAGGACCACAGUCUGACCCUUGGUUAUCAUUACAGAACUAUGGAGGUGCAAUGAGACCCCCACUGAAUGCUUUAGGUGGCCCUGGAAUGCCCGGAAUGAACAUGGGUCCAGGUGGUGGUAGACCUUGGCCAAACCCAACAAAUGCCAAUUCAAUACCAUACUCCUCAGCAUCUCCUGGGAAUUAUGUAGGUCCUCCAGGAGGUGGAGGGCCACCAGGAACACCCAUCAUGCCUAGUCCAGCAGAUUCAACCAACUCUGGAGACAACAUGUAUACUUUAAUGAAUGCAGUACCUCCUGGACCUAACAGGCCCAAUUUUCCAAUGGGCCCUGGGUCAGAUGGUCCCAUGGGUGGAUUAGGAGGAAUGGAGUCACAUCACAUGAAUGGCUCUUUAGGGUCAGGAGAUAUGGACAGUAUUUCCAAGAAUUCACCCAAUAAUAUGAGCCUGAGUAAUCAACCGGGCACUCCAAGGGAUGAUGGCGAAAUGGGGGGAAAUUUCUUAAAUCCUUUUCAGAGUGAGAGUUACUCCCCUAGCAUGACAAUGAGUGUGUGAUCCAUUACCAAGUCUCCUCAUGAAAACCACAGUGAGUCAGCCCUUCACAGAACUACUACGGAAGAAAAUUAUUCAUCACAGUGUACAGUUAAACAAAGGAAUCUCAGUCACACCAAACCAACCUUUUUAUUUCCUGCUCUCUCCCCUAUUUUUUGAAGAAAGCGGGUCCAAACGUGAUUCAAACAACUGUACAGAGCGGCAUAUUAGAAUUGCCCUAAACUGAACUGCAAAUAAUUAUCUGUGUAUGUAUAUGUGUGGGUCAGAGAAUGUAUUGUAUAUGUGUAUGUUAUACGGACAUAUGCACAUACAUACAUUGACCCACAGGACAUUGUAAAAUAUUAUUACAUGACAUCUUAAGUAGAAGUAAGUAGGGACUUUUAUUCCAUCCUUUUUUUCACGUUUACAUUUUAAUUAUUAAAAGUUGCUCCUGCCCCUCCCUGAACUAUUUUGUGCUGUGUAUAUCACUGCUUUAUAUAAGUUAUUUUUUAAGGUGAACUCAGAUGUUAUGGUUUUGUAAAUGUCUGCAAUCAUGGAUAGGAAUAAAAUUGCUUAUUUGAGAGCUUUCAUUAAA